GUUUUGUAGCACUGUGUCAUUUGGCAACGUCGCCUAACAGAUAGUCAACAAAAGAUGUCCGCUUGAAGUGGAAAUCGUUUCUUGAACUUACCAUCUCUUGGAAAUGCAGGGAAAUAUGAGCCAGAGGACUUUUUAAUUGAGCAUAUUUCGUAAUUAUGCUUAUCAACUUAUAAGUAUGGCUUUACCAUCAAACUACAAGCAAGUUUCGAUGUCCCUUCCAGGUCCGCAGUCGGCAAAUCAUUUGCUGUCCGCAGGUGCCCCCAUGACUUUCAACAUUUUGAAAGAACGUUUAAGAGCAACCAGCAGUGCCAAUACGAGUGUAAAUAAGGAAGCCAACCCAUUUGUGACUACGGCCAAUGGCCAUUCUGGCUUUUUACCACAGAAAGUUGGGAAGAACAGCCCUAACGAUGUACGUACACUUAAACCGCCAAAGGCACCCGAAAAACCUCUUAUGCCCUACAUGCGGUACAGUAGAAAAGUAUGGGACGCCGUUAAAGCGCAAAAUCCCGAACUGAAGUUAUGGGAGAUUGGGAAAAUUAUUGGGCAGAUGUGGAGAGAUUUGCCGGAGGAACACAAAAACGAAUUUGUGGAGGAAUACGAACUGGAAAAGGUUGAAUAUGAAAAAUCUCUGAAAACUUACCACAAUUCACCAGCUUAUUUAGCGUAUAUUGCUGCAAAAAAUAGAGCUACCCAAGGGACUGAUGAUAGAGAUACGCACGAUCGAAGUGCUGCAGCCAAGCAAGCAGCCGCAGUUGAUAGAAGGAUCGAUAUCCAACCAGCUGAAGAUGAUGAUGACCAGGAUGAUGGUUAUUCGGUGAAGCAUGUCUCAUACGCCCGAUAUAUAAGAAAUCACAGAUUGAUCAAUGAUAUAUUUUCGGAAACAGUCGUGCCAGAUGUGCGGUCGGUCGUGACAACUGGGCGCAUGCAGGUGUUAAAGAGACAAGUACAGUCAUUGACCAUGCAUCAGAAAAAAUUGGAAGCAGAAUUGCAGCAAAUUGAAGAAAAAUUUGAAGCUAAGAAAAGGAAGUUUGUUGAAAGUAGCGAGCAGUUUCAAGAAGAAUUAAAAAAGCAUUGUAAGCCGGCUGUUGAUGAAGACACCUUUCAAAAAAUGGUAGAAAGACAGUAUGAACUUUUAAAAAAGGAUAGAAUGAAACUCAUAGAAGAUCAAAAACCACGCAUCGAACAGAAUGGCGCUGUAGAGAAUGGCACCACAGUUAAUGGAACUACCAAUGGUACAUCAAAGCAGGUCGAAGAAAAGGUUACACCUGUUCCAGAACCCACAGAGCCAAUUAAGCAAGAAAGGUCUGAUUAUGAAAAACCUGCUACGAAUGGCAUUCAACCAGCCGAACAUCCACCAUCAUCCACUGAAACCAAAAGUGUACCAUCUCCACAAUCAGCGUCAGAACAUGUUCCUCAAGUGGCGCACGAAGCACCUCCAACACAGCCACCACCACAACAUAUGCCACCACCGCAACACGGCGUUCCACCGUCAAGUUCACCUAUUCAUCAUCCUCAUCCAACCGCUCCUCAUAUUCCUCCAUCAACUCAUGGUGUUCCAGCUCACAAUAUGCAACCGCCACAUGCUAUGCCUCCCCAUCCAGGUGGUCCACCCCCAGGUCAAGCGCCAAUGAUGCCUCCGGCACAAGUUCCUUAUCAACAAUAUGCAGGUGCAACUCCCCAGUCUGUGCCUUUACCACCAAGACCGCCACACCCCGCCUAUGCUUAUCCACAACAACAAGGGUACCACCAACCGUACCCGCAAUAUCCACCCCAUGCAUAUUACCAUCAACCAUAUCCCCAAUAUCCUCCGCACAUGGCACGACCACAUCCUUACCCUCAUGCGGCACCUCCUGAUGGCCAACAUCCACCUAUACCCGAAGGACAUAUACCACCACCAAUGUAUGGACCCCCUCCCACUGCUGAGGGCGAGAGACCACCUGAUGAUAUUCCUCCAAAUCAUUUGGGAGGUGAAGCCAUGAUGGCUAUGGAAGAGGCAAAAGAUCUGAAGGGAGAAGCCCAUCCAGAAGAUAGGAAAGAAGAUUAAAUUAAAUUUCUUUUUUUAAAUUAUUUUUGCACUUUUUAUGAUUUUCUUAUACUUACUGCGUUAAUUAAAAACUAGUUUUAGUCGAGGUUUUAGUGUAGAAAGUUACAAUAAAAAUGUAGGAGGUGUCAUUUAUGUAAUAAAGAUACUAAUGCGAACUAA